CUCUCUCUCUCUCUUACAGUGGCGGCUAGCCGUUACGCCGCCCAGCUGCAGCUAUGCUGCCCCCAACGCCCCACCUCCUACUCUCUAGUCCGAACCAUCCACGCCCACAUGAUCGCUUCCGGCUUCCACCCACGUGGCCAUAUCCUCAACCGUUUGAUCGACGUCUACUGCAAAUCCAAGAACCUCAAAUAUGCACUCCACCUGUUCGACGAAAUUCCCCACCCGGACAUCGUCGCCAGAACAACUCUCGUUUCGGCUUACUCCGGCGUCGGGGACCUGGCGCUGGCCCGGAGAGUGUUCAGUGACACUCCGUUGAGAAUAAGAGACACUGUCAGCUACAAUGCCAUGAUCGCCGGGUUUUCGCAGAACAAGGACGGCAAUGCAGCUGUUGAGCUGUUUAGGGAGAUGAGGCGAGGCGGGUUUCGGCCAGAUGAGUUUACGUUCACGAGUGUGCUGAGUGGGUUGGCGCUUAUUGUGGAGGAUGCGAGGCAGUGUGAGCAGCUGCAUUGCGCGAUUGUCAAGUCUGGAGCGUUGCUGGCCACUUCGGUGUCGAAUGCGUUGGUGUCUGUGUAUGUCAAGUGUGCUUCUUCGCCGUUGGUGGAGUCGUCGCUGCUGGUGGUGGCUGCGGCGAGGAAGGUGUUUGAUGAAAUGGAUAGGAGAGAUGAGCUGUCGUGGACAACGAUGAUUACUGGAUAUGUGAGGAAUGAGGACCUUGAGGGAGCUCGCCGGUUGCUUGAUGGGAUGGAUGAGAAGUUGGAAGUGGCAUGGAACACGAUGAUUUCGGGUUAUGUGCAUCACGGUUUUUGUCGUGAAGCGUUGGAAUUGUUUAGGGAAAUGCAUUUAUUGGGGAUUCGCCAGGAUGAGUUUACGUACACGAGUAUUAUCAGUGCUUGUGCUAACAAUGGCUUAUUUAAGCAUGGGAAGCAGCUGCAUGCUUACAUACUAAGAUCUGAAGCAAAGCCGACUGAGAACUUUUCUUUAUCUGUGAAUAAUGCAUUGGUUACACUGUACUUUAGAUGUGGUAAGGUUGAUGAAGCACGACAUAUUUUUAAUAGUAUGUCCGUCAGAGAUCUGGUUUCUUGGAAUGCGAUAUUGUCAGGGUAUGUGAGUGCAGGUCGCAUCCAGGAAGCUAAAUCCUUUUUUGAGGAAAUGCCGGAAAAGAGUGGUCUAACGUGGACUGUAAUAAUUUCUGGUUUAGCUCAAAAUGGAUUUGGGGAAGAUGCUAUGAAGUUAUUUAACCAAAUGAGAUUAGAUGGAUUUAAACCCUGUGAUUAUGCAUUUGCUGGAGCUGUUACGUCGUGUGCUGCUCUGGGAGCAUUGGAGCAUGGACGCCAGCUCCAUGCCCAAGUAAUAUGCUUGGGACAUGAUUCAAGCCUUUCAGUUGGAAAUUCACUUAUCACAAUGUAUGCGAGAUGCGGGGUUGUAGAUGAUGCGGACUCUGUGUUUCUUACAAUGCCGUAUAUUGAUCCUGUGUCAUGGAAUGCUAUGAUUGCAGCGCUAGCACAACAUGGUUAUGGUGUCCAAGCGAUAAGACUUUUUGAAGAAAUGUUGGGGGAAGAUAUACUGCCAGAUAGAAUAACUUUCCUCACUAUUCUCUCUGCUUGCAGUCAUGCUGGUUUAGUGAAAGAAGGGCGUCAUUAUUUUCAUUCAAUGCAUGACUCUUACGGUAUUGCUCCUGGUGAAGAUCAUUAUGCUCGUAUGAUUGAUUUGUUGUGCAGAUAUGGGGAGUUGACAGAGGCUGAGGACUUAAUCAAAUCAAUGCCUUUUGAACCAGGUGCACAUAUAUGGGAGGCUACACUAGCUGGUUGCCGGACUCAUGGGAAUAUGGAUUUAGGUAUUCAAGCUGCAGAACGACUCUUUAAGCUGGUGCCCAAGCACGAUGGAACUUAUGUUCUUUUGUCAAACUUGUAUGCUGCCUUAGGUCGUUGGGACGAUGUGGCUAAGGUGCGGAAUUUAAUGAGGGAGCGAGGGGUUAAGAAAGAACCUGGUUGUAGUUGGAUUGACGUAAAGAAUAUGGUCCACGUCUUCUUGGUUGGUGAUACUAGACACCCUGAGGUAAAUGAGGUGUACAAGUAUCUAGAGCAACUGGUCCUUAAAAUGAGGAAAUUAGGAUAUGUUCCUGACACAAAGUUUGCGUUGCAUGAUAUGGAAUCUGAGCAUAAAGAGAAUUCCUUGUCUACUCACAGUGAGAAGCUUGCAGUUGCAUUUGGGAUCAUGAAGCUUCCGCUUGGAGCUACAAUCAGAGUUUUUAAGAAUCUCAGGAUUUGUGGGGAUUGCCAUAAUGCAUUUAAGUAUAUGUCAAGAGUGAUUGGGAGAGAAAUAGUUGUGAGAGAUGCCAAGAGGUUUCAUCAUUUUAGGAACGGUGAAUGCUCUUGCGGAAAUUACUGGUAG